AGAGGGACAGCUUCAAACCUGGCAACCCUGCCGCCCUUUACCGCAGGUGGUGAGCGCGCGCUGCCGCAGAGAGACAGACAGGAGGAGGAGCAGCGACCUGCAGGAGAGGCUCCAAGAAGCGAAAGCAGUCAUUCACACAGGCUCCCCUCAUCUACAGAGACCCAGCGCCAAACAGGAAGUACAUUUCAAACUUUCCCAUAACAUGGACGACUGGGAAGAAGCGGAAACGACCGUCGGCGUGUCAAGCUCCGCCCCUAGCAACGGUUCGUGGAACGGAGGUUCAUUGAACGGCGAACACAGCGACUCCGGAAGAGGUCGUGGCGGGCGAGGAAGAGGCUUCAGGAACUCGUUCAGCUCAGACGGAUCCGGCUGGAGCCGUAAAGCCGACGGCGAGAGGGAAGGCUUCAAAGGAAGAGGCUUCGGCAGGAGCUUCUCCGAUAAUUCUCCUGGAGACGCUGAUGGAUCCCAGGAAAACGGGUUCAGAGGGCGAGGAAGAGGAGGAAGAGGCGGCUUCAGACAAGAUGGCGGACGAGGAAGAAGAGGAGGAGGACGAGGCGGCUUCGGUGGAGGCUACCGCGGGGAAGACGAUGAGGUCAUCAGUCGAGGAGAAGACAAAGAUCCAGAGAAGAAAGAGGACGCUGAUGGCGACAAACCCAAAGUGACGUACAUCCCUCCCUCCCUUCCCGAGGACGAGGAGUCGAUCUUCGCCCACUACGAGAGCGGCAUCAACUUCAACAAGUACGACGACAUCCUGGUGGAAAUCAGCGGCAGCGACUCGCCCGCAGCGUUCAUGAGCUUCGAUGAGGCCAACCUGUGCGAGACCCUUCGGAAGAACAUCAGCAAGUCUGGGUACGUGAAGCCGACGCCGGUGCAGAAGCACAGCAUCCCCAUCAUCGCCGCCGGCAGAGACCUGAUGGCCUGCGCCCAGACGGGCUCCGGGAAGACGGCCGCCUUCCUGCUGCCCAUCCUGCAGCAGCUGAUGGCGGACGGCGUGGCGGCCAGCCACUUCAGCGAGACGCAGGAACCAGAGGUCAUCAUUGUGGCGCCCACCAGAGAGCUCAUCAACCAGAUCUACCUGGAGGCCCGGAAAUUUGCCUAUGGGACUUGCGUGCGACCCGUGGUGGUCUACGGCGGCGUCAGCACCGGCUACCAGAUCAAGGACAUCAUCAGGGGCUGUAACGUCCUGUGCGGGACGCCGGGACGCCUGCUGGACAUGAUCGGGAGAGGAAAGGUCGGGCUGACCAAGGUCCGCUACCUGGUUCUGGACGAGGCCGACCGGAUGCUGGACAUGGGCUUCGAGCCGGAAAUGCGUCGCCUGGUGGGUUCGCCUGGGAUGCCGGCCAAGGAGCAAAGGCAGACGCUGAUGUUCAGCGCCACCUUCCCAGAGGACAUCCAGAGGCUGGCCGCCGACUUCCUGAGGACAGACUACCUCUUUCUGGCCGUGGGGAUCGUGGGCGGAGCCUGCAGCGACGUGGAGCAGACGAUAAUUGAAGUGGACAAGUUCGCCAAGAGGGAGCGGCUGCUGGAUCUGCUGCGAGCUACCGGUACCGCCCCCUUCCCGAUGCUGAAUCUUUUCUCCGUCCGCUACGACUCACUCCCAGUAUUACCAGUAUAA